ACGUUGGUCGGCCUCGAACGUGAAGGCCAGGAGGUGGCCGCCGCUGGGGAGGAGGGCCUGAUCGAGUCUUCAUCACAGAGCAGAUCUCUCACUCGCGGCGGCAAGUACCUUCACCCUGGCUGCCCAUCCGACGCCUUCGCGCCGACCGCCCCUACCGACGCGGUGUGCGGCUGCACGUGCUUAAACAUUGCGGACACUAAGGCCAGGGUUGACGUCGGCGCGCCGCAGUGCCUGACCUGCGAGGAGGGCACCCAUGUGGCGUGGGAGGACGUCGAUCCGGCGCAGAUGGUGGUAUCGCCCAAGCAGAAGCUGGGCGACGCUUACACGGACGGGCCCUUCUUCUGCGAGAGGGAGUGCUGGGAGUGGGGCGCCGAGGGCGCAAGCGGAGCUCUCGGGAAGGACGUGCCGCUCGUCGAGUGGGACGGAGGCGACUGCGGCUGCACGAUCAGGCGCUCUGUGCACUGCACUGACCAAGCCGCGAACGCCGCGUACAGCCUCAGUGGCCGCGUCGUGGCAGAGUCGCUCAGCGCGCGCAAGUCAGGCGUGGCAGGGGCGUUCAUCGACUGGUUCGUCUCGGUCGACAGCGCAGGCAGCGGCGAGCCCUACCCUGUGUGCUACACGAUGGCUGCAGCCAUACUCGCGCGUCUGGGCACCGUUGGCACGGGCGCCGACGACAUCGAGCUCCAAACUCGAAAGGGUCAAAUAGCGCAGGAAGUCAGCUUCAAGAACAGCUACGACCGCAGCCAGCUGGUCAAGCUCGCGGACUUCAUUGCCUUGCGCAUCAAGCAGUUCGAUUCGGCCUGCCGCACGGGCUUCGACC